UCUACUGUUAUUUUACACUAUAUAAGCAUGUCUCUGCAUGCAGAGGAAGUACAACUCUAAAGUUUAUUAUAUCUGUAAUCACUGAGAAAUAUUAACGAAGGCCCUCUAGCUCUAUCAGUGCAGUUUGAUCUGGUAACAUUUCAACAAAUAUUAAUCAUGUUUACAAAAUGGGAAGACUUGGGUUCCCUGAAGUAUCUGGUGUAUGCACCUUUCGUCGUAAGAGGUCUAGUUUCGAGUUUGGGAGACGAUAGCAUGGACUGGUGCAUCCAUGUUGUCAUCCUAUGUGCUCUAAGGGCUACCUUGUAUUCGUGCUGGACCUCGUACUGUAAUAUGUAUUUCCUUAACAGAAACCGCCGCAUCAUUCAACAAGGUGUCGACUUCAAGCAGAUCGACAAAGAAUGGCACUGGGAUAACUUCAUAAUUCUUCAAGGUAUGAUCGCCUCUUUAGGGCUGUACAUGUUCCCGCUGCUAACAGAGGUUAUUCCAGUGUGGGAACCUAAAGGCCUCAUUGCUAUUAUGAUACUUCACAUAAUAGUUUCAGAACCUCUCUACUACUGGGCGCAUAGAUGGUUCCAUGGUCACUACCUUUUCAGCAGAUUUCAUUCAUUCCACCAUUCUUCCGCGGUACCCCAACCAUUUACUGCUGCAAGUGCAACCUGGUUGGAACAACUUCUACUGACUGCAGUUAUGGGGAUCCCCAUUCUCGGGUCGAGUUUGAUUGGUUAUGGAUCAAUUAGCAUGAUAUAUGUUUAUGUACUCAGCUUUGAUUUCUUGAGAUGUCUGGGACACUGCAAUGUUGAAGUCAUUCCUCACCAGAUCUUCGACAUUUUUCCGGUCUUUAAAUAUCUUCUCUACACUCCAACAUAUCACAGCUUACACCAUACAGAAAUGGAUAGCAAUUAUUGCCUCUUUAUGCCUCUAUAUGAUGCACUGGGCAAUACCUUAAAUAACAAAGCCUGGGAACUCCAUAGGACAAUUAGCAUAAAUUCAGGCAAAAAUAAAUGUGUACCAAAUUUUGUGUUCCUCGCUCAUGUUGUGGACAUAACAUCUUCCACACAUGUACAAUUCAUCUUGCGGUCCGUGGCCUCCAUGCCUUAUACCACCAGAAUCUUCAUGUUGCCCUUGUGGCCAGUGGCCUUUGUUAUAAUGCUACUGAUGUGGGCAAAAUCUAAGGUUUUCUUGAUCUCAUUUUACAAUCUCAGAGGCAAGUUGCACCAGACAUGGGCUGUUCCUCGGUUUGGCUUUCAGUAUUUCUUGCCAUUUGCCAAAAGAGGCAUCAAUAAGCAAAUAGAGAAUGCGAUUCUCAGGGCUGAUCGACUGGGUGUUAAAGUAAUUAGCCUUGCUGCUUUGAAUAAGAAUGAAGCUCUAAAUGGUGGUGGUUUGCUCUUUGUGAACAAGCACCCCAAUCUCAAAGUUAGAGUGGUUCAUGGGAAUACAUUGACUGCUGCAGUGACUCUUAAUGAGAUCAACGAGGAUGUAACAGAAGUAUUCUUGACUGGAGCGACUUCUAAGCUUGGAAGAGCCAUUGCUCUUUACCUAUGUAGACGAAGAAUAAGAGUUCUUAUGCUAACCUCAUCAGCUGAUAGAUUUCAAAAGAUACAAAAAGAAGCCCCUGCAGAUUGUCAGAAGUACUUGGUCCUGGUGACCAAGUACCAAGCGGCAAAACACUGCAAGACAUGGAUUGUUGGAAAGUGGAUCACUGCAAAAGAACAAAACUGGGCACCCCCGGGGACACAUUUUCAUCAGUUCGUAGUGCCCCCAAUAUUCACAUUCCGAAAAGACUGCACAUAUGGUGAUCUUGCAGCCAUGAGACUACCUGAAGAUGUCGAAGGCCUUGGAUGUUGUGAGUAUACAAUGGAAAGAGGAGUAGUCCAUGCUUGCCAUGCAGGUGGUGCAGUUCACUACUUAGAAGGCUGGACUCACCAUGAAGUAGGAGCUCUGGAUGUCGAUAGAAUUGACAUAGUUUGGGAAGCUGCACUGAAGCAUGGGUUCAGGCCAGUUUCAAACAAAAACAACAUUUCCCCCAAGCAGAAAUCAAAUGUGAAUAUUAAUGAUAUAUGAAAAUACACGCACAGAUCAUGAUGAUUGUUUUCUUUUGAUUUCUGUGUGGAUGUUGUACAAGUGAAUCUACUUGAUGAGCUUAGGUAGAGUUCACUUUCUGUAAUUUGUUGGAUUUGAUUGUAUAAAUACCCAUUGUUGAAUCUGAUUUUAUAUAGAGAUGGCCAAGUCUUCCAAGUAGAGUAUAAUUUUAUAGACGGUUUCAUUCUUGUCA